GAAAUUUAUGGACUAGAAAAAUUAAGGAGAUAUUUUAAUUAAUUAGGUGAUUUCCUAUACAUUUAGAUCUCAUAUUUUAUAUAGGAUAUAUUUGCAGAUGUGUAAUAACGAUAUCAAAUCAUGGACAGCGGUGUGUGUAUGUACAUAUAUACAAUCAGUAUGUAAACAUAUUCGAUUGCACAAAAGACCAGUGUUAUUUUUUUAAACAACGUUAUAAACAAAGUAAACAUGUUUUUAAAUAAACGUUUUUUUUUAUAUAAUCUUUCUUCCACACCACCGUUUUCCGGUAAAAUUGACCGAAUUUGGCGGCGUUUCAGAGGAGUUGAGCGAGUAGUCAGAGAGUUGACUUCGUCUGCACGAGCUAAACUUUAUGUUUUCAGUUGCAAACGAACCGCGACAACGCAGCAACGAUUUCUGCGCAUGUGCACCGAUCAUUGUAUAAAAGCGAAUUACUAAAGCGAAAGAUAUUGCAGUCUACGCUCAUAUAAACAUACACAAGAAAUGACUGCAUUACAAAACAUAUUUACAGGUGAUAAAAAGGUAUAACAAUGGAAAUAUACACAUAGUUAUCUGAAUUAAGUUUAUAGAUAAACAGCCAUUGUAAUCGGUGAAGGCGGACGACGAAGUAACAAAAGUGUCAGUUAACGUGUUUGAUAUUUGACUUAAAUUUGGUUUAUUCAAUCUUAAUUUUUCACGUUUAGUUAUUCGAUUUGAAAUGACUUGCUAAUUGUAGUUGAGGUCAGUGUGACCUUAGUUGGGUCUUUGGGCCAGAUACGUUUAAGAAAGCCAAAAUCAAAACAAAAACAAAAACUGAUAUACAUAUGUACACAUGUGAAAAAGUAACCGAAAAAAGUAUUCGCUACACUGUUGACUUACUUGCGGACAAACAUAAAGUAAACCAUAAAACAACACAAACAAACAACAACAUUUGGCAAGCAGACAGUUGAAUGGGAAAAUGAAAGUACUACCGAUAUUGCAGCCUAAUCGGCUGUUGUACAUCUACUUUGCAGUCAUUGCUGUUACCGUUGUUGUGGAUUAUGCAAGCGCGCUGCCACAGCAACAACAACAGCCAGAGCCACAGACACAGCGAGAGCAAGUUCGACCAACAACUACGCCCCGUAAACAGCAACAACCUCCACAUGCGGAAGUAAACCAUACCACCAAUAAACCGUUGAAAUUCGGUACAAAAAUUGUUGAUUAUCCUGUUGCUGAAUCAAAUGCUAACAUCACAACUAUUAAUGGCACAUACCGCCAACAAUCCACCAAUAUCAGAAAUAACAAGCCAGAAAAUGAAAUACUACAAACGGAUAUGCAGUUAAAUAAUGCAGCAGACAUUGCGCCAUCAUCAAGGGUGGCACGUCGCUAUGAUGCGCCCACAGCGCCAGCCACACAAAUAAUUGGUGAAAAUGACGUGCCGCAGGUGAAGAAAACUCAGCGCAGUGGCAGCACAUCGGCAAAUGCAUCUGCGACCGCAAUACCGAUUGCCACAGCGACGUCCAAGCAAAAGCGUCGAGACGGCAAUAAUUCGCGUUCGAGCUCACGCGAUGGUAACUCCGCUGCGGUUGCAGCAAGUCAACGUUCCAAUUCUUUUAAUUCCCAAGCGCAAAGUGCACGGCAGUCGGCAAUUAAUCGUGCUCGCAAUUCGAAUGCUACAAAUGUAGCCAGCCAGCAAACGAAUAGGGGGUCUGGUAAAAAGAGCAAAGUUGCAACACAACCAACAUCGUCGCCAGCGGUUGUUGCCAGCAGCCGGCGGGAGGGAAAUAAAUCUCGGAAAGUCUUAAGUGCAACAACGGUAUCAACUCCAAUAUCCUCAUCCAUAGCUGCGGCCACAACUGUUCGCGCUCCAGUUGUUGCCAACAACCCACUAAGUAAUCCUUUUAGUUUUUUUUCUCCCUCUCUUUGGGCUCUCUCUAGUCCACCGAAAACAUCGUCAACAAAAAAGCCACCCAAAAAAUAUACACCGCCACCAGCAACAACUACAAUAGCACCAAUUAAAGACAAGAAAAGCACACUUCUAAAAGAAAAACCGAUCACGUUGACACCGUUGGCUUCUAAUCAAAUUUCGACAACCGCAGUCCCACCUAAAAAAAGCACCACCGAUGGACCAUUUCGUAUAGCUUUGCCAACAUUUAACUUUUUCGGCAAUCAAGCUCAAAGGUCUCCGGAAGCGGUUGGUGAGAAGGAUAAACGCAAUACAGUGCAAAAUCUGCGUAAUCUAUUCGAUUGUCCACGCGAGAGCGAGGUGCGCUUUCAGUUAUUUCCGAAAAUUUGUAAAGUCGACAAAGAUUGCGCCGUCUGGAACCGCGAUGAAUUGUGUUGUGAAAUAUUUGGCGCAAAAAGUUGUGUCUCGGGCAUAUCGAAACCGCUUGAAGAAACUUCACACACACCCAUAUUAGGAUUGAUUCCGCGCAAAUGUCCGACCCGCCCACUAGCCGAGCUUUGGUGGCAGGUACAGGAAUGUGAAACCGACACGGACUGUUGGCCAAGAGUUUGUUGUCCUGAUGGAAAUAAACGCUACUGCAGGACCUCCCAACCGGAGCUGGAGACAGUACCGGUGCCGGUGAAGCGCUCCUUCAAUUAUCUGUCCGAGUAUAUCGAGUGCACACCAGCGCCGCCACCCAUCUUCGAUUUACAUCCAAAGACGUGCGUUUCAACUUUGGACUGCUUUCCGAAUGUUUGUUGUCAAGAGGCGGGUUUGCGACACUGUCGUCCGCCCAAAAAAUCUCUUCUUACUUGGAUGGCCAAUUUUCUGAACGUGGAUUUCGUUAAGCGGCUGGCCCAAAAUAUUGUUAUUAAGUGACGCGGAGUGUAUUAGGGUUGUUCUUAUUUAUUAUUGUUUGCUUAAAUUUAGCGGAAAAGUUUUCAAAGGAUACAUUUGUUAUAUACAUACAUAUGUACAUUAUUCGCGGUCAAGUGUAAAUACACAUACAAACACACUUACAUGUAAAUAUCAUAUAAGUACAUAAAUCCAAUAUAAUAAGAAAGGCGUGAUUACAUUUCCAUAUUUAUAAUUACUUGUUGUAUUGUAUUAUAUAUGCUAGAUGAUACAUAGAGGAACACAUUUAUUCCAUGCUGAUGUUGUUGUUGUAAAGUUUGGUGAUAUUAAAAUUUUUUGUAAUAAAUGAAAACCACAUUAUA